GUUGACUAGUUUGAGGGCACUGAGGGCCCAAUUGGAUGUAUCUAGCGACGGUGCCUUAUUAGCACGAUUCGAGGUGAGCCGACCUUACUUGAUGAGAUCAAGAAGGGUCAAGAGGCUGACGUAGAACUUAUAAAGGCCCGGGAACGCAUGCAAGCGGGACCGGUGGAGCAUUUCAGGGAAAGAGAUGAUAGUCUCUUGUUAUUUCGUGACCUAGUGUGUGUACCGUCAGAUGAUGAGCUCUGAAAGUCCAUCUUAGAGGAGGCUCAUUCAUCGGCUUAUGCCAUGCACCCGGGGGGCACGAAAAUGUAUCGUGAUUUGAAAGAAAGUUACUUGUGGUCUGGUAUGAAGAGGGAAAUAGCUGAAUUUACAUUAGUCGAUGCCUUACUUGUCAGCAAGUUAAGGCAGAACAUCAGCAUCCAGCAGGCUUGUUACAACCACUUUCCAUUCCUGAAUGGAAGUGGGAACAUGUGACUAUGGAUUUCGUGGUAGGUUUACCACGAACAAUUCGGAACUAUGAUGCAGUUUGGGUUGUUGUGGAUAGGCUCACGAAGAGUGCACACUUCUUGCCUAUCAACACUACCUACCCACUUGAGAGGUUAGCCAAAUUGUAUACGGAUGAGAUCGUGAGGCUGCAUGGGGUCCCAGUGACCAUUGUAUCCGAUAGAGACCCACGAUUCACAUCACGUUUUGGCCGAAAUUCCAGGAGUCUAUGGGAACGAGGUUGAAGUUCAGUACUGCUUUCCAUCCACAGACGGAUGGGCAGUCUGAAAGGGUUAUACAGAUCUUAGAGGAUAUGCUGAGGGCUUGUGCGUUAGAGUUCCAAGGAAGUUGGGACAACCAAUUAGCACUCGUGGAGUUUGCCUAUAACAACAGUUAUCAGGAAGGUAUCGGCAUGCCUCCAUAUGAAGCAUCGUAUGGGAGGAGGUGUCGUACACCGUUAUGCUGAGACGAGGUUGGCAUGGCCAAACUCGAGGGUACUGAGUUGGUUGAGAUCACCAAGUCAAGGGUGAAGUUGAUUCGAGAGAGACUCAAAGCGGCUCAGGAUAGACAAAAGAGUUAUGCAGAUAAGCGUCGAAGAACCUUAGAGUUUAAGGUUGAGGACGAGGUAUUCUUGAAAGUUUCUCCUUGGAAAGGAAUCAUUCGAUUCCAAACCCGAGGAAAGCUUAACCCACGAUACAUAGGUCCAUUCAGAAUUAUAGAGAGGAUUGGGGCCGUUGCAUAUCGUCUACAGUUGACUUCUGAAUUAGAGAAGAUACAUAAUGUGUUUCAUGUAUCCAUGCUUAAGAAGUAUGUACAUGAUCCCUCCCACGUAUUGGAAAAGCCGCCUGUAGAGGUACGUGAGGAUUUGAACUACGCUGUGCAACCAAUCAAGGUCACCGAUAGAAAGGUGAAGAAACUGAGGAGCAAAGAAGUCCCAAUGGUUAAAGUCCUUUGGAAGAGCGAUCGGGUCAAAGAAGAGACAUGGGAAACAGAGGCCUUGAUGAGGAAGCAGUACGCUUCUCUAUUCGAGUAGAGCUGUGAAUUUCGGGGACGAAAUUCCUGUUAAGGGGGGGUGAACUUGUGACACCGCACCCGAACGUCCUUUAAAAUUCAAUUUAAAUUCAAAUAUAUGUAUCGAAUUUCCGACUCCAAACAAUUGUAAAACGAUUAAUGUCCUACGUAGUGCAUGGUUGAAUAUCGUACUAUUCAAACUCGUACAUUAGUGUCGGGUUUUGCAAAUACUUAUUCGGGACUUAUUAAUAAAUAAAUAAAAAAAGCCCAACAUUAUCUAAAUAGUGAUACAUAAUCUUUCAAGACAAUUUGAGGAAGGUCGGGCGGCCCAAACAUUAUUUGGGGCCCAACCUGCUAAAAAUAGCAAGUAUUCGAGAAUGACGUUCUAGACCCACUCGGGAGUGACCCACACGGCUAGUAGCCCAAUAAUAUGUAUGACAAAUGUCAAAUAAGUGAUAGAAUGAUUAAAGAAGAAUACAAAUGCCUAUAACCCCAUCUUUGGCAUUAUUGAGCUAAAUAAUGGGAGUAGGAUUUUCCUGCUAUGAUAUCCAUCAAGUAAAUUAUUGGGAUGAGCCUACACAUAUUGGAGAUCAAUAAUGUGAUUUAAUAAGUUGACUUGUUCUAAAUAAAUUAGGAUGAGUACAAAAAGACAUCUUUGACAAAAGAUAAAACAAUAGGACCCAUCUUCCUAUUUUUGGAAGUAUUGGUAGAUGUUUUGGACCCCAAAUUGAUUGGGAUCACUUGGGGAGCACCCCACACCUUCUUGGAACCUGCAAAAUAAAGAGAAUGAGUUAAAAUCCUUGGUUGGGGCGGAAAAAAAGAGAGGGGGGCUGAACAAGACAUGUUUGUGAACCAAAUGGACCCUCUCCCCAUUUUUUUUUGAUUGAGAUAUCUUGCUCAAUCAUCCCACAUGCCAACCCACUCCUAUCCUUUGACUUUUGAGGCUAAGUUAAGGCCAAGAUAACACUUCCACAGCUCCCAUUCGAACUCCCCAAGAUAAGAGAGAAGAAGAGAGCCACACAACCUAAAAGAGCAAGGAGAAAGCAAACUGCCCGCAGGUUUUUCCUCCAGUGAAAGGGUUACUUGUUUGCUUCAUAUCUCGAGUUAUACACAUCCAAAUAAGGCGUGCGAGAUACCAACAGAGAGCUCUCAAGACUAGGAAUCCGUGAAGGUCUGAUUUGCAUCAAUCGGAGUAGUGGAAGGCUUCCAAAUUGACCGAGCAAAACACGACCUCGCAGGAAACGUUUUUGUAUUCAAAGUUAGGGAACGAAUUCGUCGGGAAACACCCGUUCUAGGGACUGUUUUGCGUUUUCGGUUGGGAGUUGAACUAGCACUUUGAGGGGGGCUGUUUAACACUCAAUUUCAAGCAAGGAAUCAGUUCUCAAACCUUCUUGGCCGAGGCUUUGGUCAUUGGAUCGAGAAGGAAGGUUUUAAAGCUCAUUUGAGGUUGAGGCUAGAGCUUGCUUCCUGUGCUCGUUGCUCGAGAGAUCAUAUAGGAGGGAAGACUUGGUUCGUGCUUCCUCCAUUCUGUUUUUAAACCUUUCUAAACAUGCUCAUGGAUAUUUUACUAUGGAGCCUGCGUGCUCAUGAAAUGCCUUGUGUGGCCCUUUUGUUUUAAACAAUGUUUCCGCUGCGUUAUGAAUUACUUAUUAUGUUUGUUUAUGGAUGUAUAUGUGUGAAUGAUAUUCAAGACGCCUUGUAUAAUAUGAAUGUGUUGGACUGCGGUUGACUAUUCGUAUUGUACGGCGGGUUGUUGACGUGUCCGGAUAGGUCCGGGGCGUGACAAACUCACCUCAACGACUGCAAUUGCCCUUGUUACCUAUGUAUAAUUUACUAGAGGUUAAACACACCUCAAGGACUACACUUGCCCUUGUUACCUAUGUGUACUUUACUGGAGGUUAAACACACCUCAAGGACUACACUUGCCCUUGUUACCUUAUCUUGCCUUGCAAGUUCUUUAACAAUAUAGUUUGUAUCAUCAUACUCAAAUCAACUUAGGGCUAACUUUUAUCAAGGCUUCCCUCUUACCUCAAACCAUGAAUGGACCGCCCCGGGUCCAAGUCAUGCUCAUACAACUAGUUUCGGGCCCCACCGGAACCCGAGUUACUCAUUGAGACAUUUAAACUUAACAUUUACAUUACCGACCUUAGUCGUGAUAACCCUAGGUCAACUAUAGGUCAAGCAUAAUUUUAAAUUUGGUGCCCAACUUAAAAUAUCAAACCACGGGUUAACCUCGCACCGACUACCCGCUUGAAUUAUCGUUUGGAAAUAAGGAACUCCGACCGGCAUCGGACACGCCCUAAGCGGUGCCGAACAUAAGUAUUAAUAUCCGGAAAAUAGGUCCACGCACGCAUAAGCCAACCGGCGCUGGACGCACGCAUUAAUUGUUCGAAGAAAACAGUUCCAACCGGCGCCGGACCUCGGUCCACCGGCGCCGGACAUUCUUCUUUUGGCCGGCAAAAACUCACGAAAUCGGCGCCAGAUCUUGCCCAACCGGCGCCGGACUUUGCUGCUCCCAACGGCCAAGUCCGCCUGUUUUGAACCGGGGACGGACGUCUCCUAACCGGCGCCGGUCAACGCCCGGUCAACGGCCGAUAACUUCGGUCAACUCCCGUUUGACCAUCCAAACGGAGUCCGAUUUCCACGAAAUUUUAUACACUUAUACAACAAGUCAUUCUUAGUCCAAAAAUGUCAUUUUGGAUGUCCAAAUCAUCACACAUAAUUUUUAAUUAUUUUCUCUCCAAGUUAAAGCAUAUAAAGUAUACUUAUUAAUACCAUUAAUAAGUAAAUAUUGCCUUAAUACAUUCUUAGAUGUAUUUUAACAUUUCAUGGAAUAUCAUUCUGAUUUAUUUGAGUAAUCUCAUGCCCAAGCCCAAAGCAUGGCUCAUGAUCCUUUC